AUGGACCCUAACAAUGCAAUUAGACCAGACUACACGCUACCAGAGUUCCAAGGAGAACGACAACAACUAAUAGACGAAGGUUUAACCGAGCAGCAGGCCACUCGAUCCUUGACAGCGUUAUGGAAUUUUAACAAUAACGCUGAGAAGGUACGCUGGACAGCUAGGCAAGUACUCUUAGAAGAGGCUCGUCAACGAGCCGAAGAAGACGAAGCCCAGAGGCUGCAAGACCUCAAAGACGAAGAAGAAGCAACUCGUUUAGAAGACAGGAAGAAAAAUAAGAACAAGUACGCGCCUAUCAAGCGCGGAAAGGUACCUUCCGACCCUACUAUACUCCCAGCGCAAUACGCGACCAGGAGACUAAAAGCAGGAGAUUACUGCGAGUUGCACUACUUCACCAACAAAGGCCUAGACGAGGCCAAGGUCGCAACCUUGAUUGCGGAGCCCGAUGCAUUAGUAAUGCUCCCAGCAGCGGAUGGAGUACACUCUUGGGUGCCCGCCGCAGCGGUCAAAGAUCCCAAGGCAGCCCCCGUUACUAAAGACGAAAACCUCACAUGGGAAGAGUUCAAUGAAGUGGCCCCGCGCAUCAUCUCUUUCAUGAAGGUACACGACUGGCCCGAUGACAGAGUCAGCAUGCAUAUCCAAUUCUGGAUGGCUCUUCAAGCUCACCGCUGGCGCCACGCACCCGACGUACUCAAACAGAAAGCUCUGUUACUGUACCAGUCGCAACAACGACGUCGCUGGCACCUUACAGUAGGAACGGCGCAAGGUUGGAGUUUGGAAGAAAUCAACCAAGAUCUGUUGUUCGAAGCGAGAGAAGAAUUAUUCAAUGAGAAGAGAGACAAGGAAACAGCAUUCGCAGUACAGGUCAGUCAUUCCAGCCUGAGGUCUCUCGUAAAACUCGAGCGCUCAUCAUACCCUUGUGCCUUCGCACCGUCUUUCCCUCCUUUUGUCUACCCCUUCUUGUCAUUUUAA